AUGCUAUUAGAGCAGCCGCCGCGGAUCCGUCCCCGACGCCACCUCCUUCCCCUCCGCUGCGGUUUCUUCCACUGCUGUCGGGGGUGCAGAGCUGAGGGGAGAGGGCGAGCGCGCCGCGCAUCACCCCUCCGGCUCUCCUCCGUUGCUCCGUUCCGCUCUCAGGGGUCGGCCGAGCGCCCCCUCCUCUGGCCCGGGCGGGGCCGAGAAUCACCUCAGGAGAACGGGGAGGGGGCCUGGGGGCCGCGGCCUGCACUCCCAGCGGGCGGUUGAGGGUGAAGGAGGCCCUCCCUUCUGACGAGGGGAGGGAGGGUCGGGAGGCCCCCCCACCGUCCAGCUGUGCCCGGGGCGGGCGCCGGCGAGGGCCGGGCUGCGAGAGGGGCGGUUGCUGGGGGAGGGGGCGCGGGGUGAUUCAGCGCCCGGCGAGGCGGAAGCGGCCGGAGUAGGAGAAGGAGGGGGGAGAGGCCAGUCCGCGCCUGGGCGCCCGGGGUGGCACGAGCCCGCGGCCCGAGUGUGAGGCGGAGGCGAGGAGGCCGCGGGGACUGGAGGCGAGGACGGCCUGGCCCCCGCAGCCAUGGAGAACGCGCACACAAAGACGGUAGAGGAAGUGCUGGGCCACUUCUGCGUCAACGAAAGCACAGGGCUGAGCCUGGAGCAGGUCAAGAAGCUCAAGGAGAGAUGGGGCUCCAACGAGUUACCGGCUGAAGAAGGAAAAACCUUGCUGGAACUUGUGAUUGAGCAGUUUGAAGACUUAUUAGUUAGAAUUUUAUUGUUGGCAGCAUGUAUAUCUUUUAUUUUGGCUUGGUUUGAAGAAGGUGAAGAAACAAUUACAGCUUUUGUAGAACCCUUUGUGAUUUUACUUAUAUUAGUAGCCAAUGCAAUUGUGGGUGUAUGGCAGGAAAGAAAUGCUGAAAAUGCAAUCGAAGCCCUUAAGGAGUAUGAGCCUGAAAUGGGCAAAGUGUAUCGACAAGACAGGAAGAGUGUACAGCGGAUUAAAGCUAAAGACAUAGUUCCUGGUGAUAUUGUAGAAAUUGCUGUUGGUGACAAAGUUCCUGCUGAUAUAAGAUUAACUUCCAUCAGAUCUACUACUCUAAGAGUUGACCAGUCAAUUCUCACAGGUGAAUCUGUCUCUGUCAUCAAGCACACUGACCCCGUCCCUGACCCACGGGCCGUCAAUCAAGAUAAGAAGAACAUGCUCUUUUCUGGUACAAACAUUGCUGCCGGCAAAGCCAUGGGAGUGGUGGUGGCAACUGGAGUCAACACGGAAAUUGGCAAGAUCCGGGAUGAAAUGGUGGCCACGGAACAGGAGAGAACACCCCUCCAGCAGAAACUAGAUGAGUUUGGGGAACAGCUGUCCAAAGUCAUCUCCCUUAUAUGCAUUGCGGUCUGGAUCAUAAACAUUGGACACUUCAAUGACCCAGUUCAUGGAGGCUCCUGGAUCAGAGGUGCUAUUUACUACUUUAAAAUUGCUGUCGCCCUGGCUGUAGCAGCCAUUCCUGAAGGUCUGCCUGCUGUCAUCACCACCUGUCUGGCUCUUGGAACUCGCAGAAUGGCAAAGAAAAACGCCAUUGUUCGAAGUCUCCCUUCCGUGGAAACCCUUGGUUGUACUUCUGUUAUCUGCUCAGACAAGACUGGUACACUGACAACGAACCAGAUGUCAGUCUGCAGGAUGUUCAUUCUGGACAAAGUUGACAGUGAUACUUGUUCCCUUAAUGAGUUUACCAUAACUGGAUCAACAUAUGCACCUAUCGGAGAAAUACAUAAAGAUGAUAAACUAGUGAAAUGUCAUCAAUAUGAUGGUCUUGUGGAAUUGGCAACAAUUUGUGCUCUCUGUAAUGACUCUGCUUUGGAUUACAAUGAGGCGAAGGGUGUGUAUGAAAAAGUUGGAGAAGCUACAGAGACUGCUCUCACUUGCCUGGUAGAGAAGAUGAAUGUAUUUGAUACUGAAUUGAAGGGUCUUUCUAAAAUAGAACGAGCAAAUGCCUGCAACUCGGUCAUUAAACAGUUGAUGAAAAAAGAGUUUACUCUAGAGUUUUCACGUGAUAGAAAAUCGAUGUCGGUUUACUGUACACCAAACAAACCGAGUCGGACAUCAAUGAGCAAAAUGUUUGUGAAGGGUGCCCCCGAAGGUGUCAUUGACAGGUGUACCCACAUUCGAGUUGGAAGUACUAAAGUCCCCAUGACUCCUGGAGUCAAACAGAAGAUCAUGUCUGUCAUUCGGGAAUGGGGCAGUGGCAGCGACACACUGCGAUGCCUGGCUCUGGCCACUCACGACAACCCACUGAGAAGAGAAGAAAUGAACCUGGAGGACUCUGCCAACUUUAUUAAAUAUGAGACCAAUCUGACUUUUGUUGGCUGUGUGGGCAUGCUGGACCCUCCGAGAAUUGAAGUGGCCUCCUCUGUGAAGCUGUGCCGGCAGGCAGGCAUCCGGGUCAUCAUGAUCACGGGUGACAACAAGGGCACCGCUGUGGCCAUCUGCCGGCGCAUUGGCAUCUUCAGGCAGGACGAGGAUGUGACAUCAAGGGCCUUCACGGGUCGGGAGUUUGAUGAGCUCAGUCCUUCAGCCCAAAGAGAAGCCUGCUUGAAUGCCCGCUGUUUCGCUCGAGUUGAACCUUCCCACAAGUCUAAAAUUGUAGAAUUUCUUCAGUCUUUUGAUGAGAUUACAGCCAUGACUGGAGACGGUGUGAAUGAUGCUCCUGCUCUGAAGAAAUCUGAAAUCGGCAUUGCCAUGGGCUCUGGCACCGCAGUGGCGAAAACCGCCUCUGAGAUGGUCCUGGCUGAUGACAACUUCUCCACCAUCGUGGCUGCCGUGGAGGAGGGACGGGCGAUAUACAACAACAUGAAGCAGUUUAUCCGCUACCUCAUCUCGUCCAAUGUCGGGGAAGUUGUUUGUAUUUUCCUAACAGCAGCCCUUGGAUUUCCUGAGGCUUUAAUUCCUGUCCAGCUGCUCUGGGUCAAUCUGGUGACAGAUGGCCUGCCUGCCACUGCACUGGGGUUCAAUCCUCCUGAUCUGGACAUUAUGAACAGACCACCUCGGAACCCAAAGGAACCACUGAUCAGUGGGUGGCUCUUUUUCCGUUACCUGGCUAUUGGCUGUUAUGUUGGCGCUGCUACCGUGGGUGCUGCUGCGUGGUGGUUCAUUGCUGCCGAGGGUGGUCCGAGAGUGUCCUUCUACCAGCUGAGCCAUUUCCUACAGUGUAAAGAGGACAACCCGGAAUUUGAAGGAGUGGAUUGUACAGUCUUUGAAUCCCCAUACCCAAUGACAAUGGCGCUCUCUGUUCUAGUAACCAUAGAGAUGUGCAACGCCCUCAACAGCUUGUCUGAAAACCAGUCCCUGCUGAGGAUGCCCCCUUGGGAGAACAUUUGGCUCGUGGGCUCCAUCUGCCUGUCCAUGUCACUCCAUUUCUUAAUCCUCUACGUGGAACCCUUGCCAAUUAUCUUCCAGAUCACACCACUGAAUUUGACCCAGUGGCUGAUGGUGCUGAAAAUCUCCUUGCCUGUGAUUCUAAUGGAUGAGACCCUCAAGUUUGUGGCCCGCAACUACCUAGAACCUGGUAAAGAGUGUGUGCAGCCUGCCACCAAAUCCUGCUCGUUCUCAGCAUGCACCGAUGGGAUCUCCUGGCCCUUUGUGCUGCUCAUAAUGCCUCUGGUGAUCUGGGUCUAUAGCACAGACACUAACUUUAGUGAUAUGUUCUGGUCUUGACUGACAGUUUUGCAUAAAGAUGAUGUUUAACUUAAUCAAUUAAUUUUUUUAUUGUUUAAAGCAACUGUCUAUUUCUGCUGAAUUUUCACAUGAACAUACUGGCUGGUGAAGGAGGUUUCAUACUCUAGAUUUUGUUUUGCUUUUUCUGACUCCAGUGGGGCAAGAUUUUCCUUUUUUAUACACAUAAUUAAAGUGUCCAUUGACAUGUACAGAGAACUAACACUAUUUUAUGCAAAUAUUUUUUUGUAGAUGAAAAAGCAUGUACAGUGUUCUGUUUAAUACUCAUCCUUGUAUAAAAAAAAAUAGUUGAGCCAGCAGACAUUGUCAGCAAAUUAAUUGGCAGCAGAUUUUAGGAAAUGAAUGUGUGUGGUUUUUUUCUAAAACUAAAUAGCAUGUAUUGUCUUUUGCAUGAUCAUCUGGAUUUAAUCUGAGAUCACAGUCUAAUUUUUAUUCAUAAGCCAAUUUUUCUGCACUGAGCAGAGUACUGCUACCUCAGUCAGUAUUUUUUUUUGGUUUGCCCCCCACCCCUUCACCCCUUGGCCCUUGUUCACCUCCACCCCACCUCCACCCCGACCCCGCUCGGCUGCUUCUCCUGUAGGGUUUUGAUGGUUCUGUUUACAUCAGUCUUAACAAGAGGUAUGCUUGUUCUCGCUUGUGCAGAAAACAUUGUUCCAGAUUCAAUCGACUGGGUUCAUGUCCCCUCACAUAGUUUUUAAGGUUAUUUAUUUAAAUGUCUAAUGUAUUUUAUUGUAACAGACAUUGUUUUGCCAACAUUGCCUAUUUCAGUGGCACUUCACAAUCUAGUUUAAAAAGAAAAAUAAAACAUUUUAAAUGGACAGA